AUGAUCGAGCAUUUCCAUAGGACAUUGAAGGUGGUCAUCCGGUGUCAUUCCUCAAGCGAUUGGACGCAGUCUCUUCCGCUUAUGCUGUUGGGAUUGCGAACGACACCGAAGCUAGAUCUAAAUGCUAGUCCUUUAGAGAUGUUGUUUGGAAAUCCUCUUUGUGUUCCGGGGCAGAUGCUUUCGGAUUUCAAGCAGAAGUCGCAGGAGACUGAUUUCGUUUUGUCGUUGCGAAGGGCGUUAGCAAAGGUUAAAUCCGUUGAAUCAAGUAGGCACUGUCAUCCCUCUGUGUAUGUUCCGCGUGACGUUAUUACUUGUAAGCACGUUUAUUUUCGAGUGGAUCGUGCGCGAUCUCCACAUAUGCCAUAUGAAGGUCCAUUUGAGGUGUUGAGACGUAAUGAGAAAACGUCACUCAUUGUUUGUCGCGGAAGAGUGGUGACGGUUUCGAAUGACAAGUUGAAAGCGGCGUACUUGACUUGUGAUGACCUUGGGCAGGUCGUUCCAGAAACGCGUCAGCUUACAGCGCUGCUGGAUGAUGAUCAGCCAGUGAUUGCUUGCGAUCAUGGGCGUGAAUGCGUGUCGCCGAUUUCGAAAGUGACGCGAGCUGGUAGUGGUUUUCCAGCAAGGUUAGCGGAAUAUCGAGAAUAA